AUGUGUUUUUUUUUUCUCUUUAUUUUUGCAAAAUUAAUUUUACAGUUCCGAACAUUGCCGAUUUCGAAAACGGUGGGUGAAGUUGCGGGUAUUGCUAUCAAUAAAGAUGACAAUUUGAUAAUAUUUCAUCGUGCUGAUCGUACGUGGAAUUCUAGAUCAUUCAAUGAGAAAAAUGUAUUUAACACCACAGCUGGACCGAUCGCUGGUGCUACACUGUUUGUAGUUGACCGUAAAACCGGAAAAGUUUUGACGGAAGGUGGCAAAAACAAAUUUUAUAUGCCUCACGGGUUAUCGGUGGAUCAUAAAAAUAACAUCUGGGUUACGGAUGUCGGGUUACAUCAGGUCUUCAAACUGGAUAAAAAUUUAAACAUUCAAUUAACACUGGGGGAAAAACUUGUUCCUGGUGCUGAUGAUCAACAUUUCUGUAUGCCUACCGACGUUGCUGUUAGCCGAAUUGGAUACGUCUUUGUUUCGGAUGGAUAUUGUAACAGCCGAGUAAUGAAAUUCAAUGAACGUGGAGAUUUUAUAAUGGCAUUUGGAAGAUCAAAUGAUAAUGAUGCAUUUUUGGUGCCUCAUUCCAUAGCUGUAGAUGACGACCUAGACAUUGUAUGCGUUGCUGAUCGUGAGAAUGAAAGGAUUUUAUGCUAUAACGCUGGUACUAAACCGAAUGAUAGCGGUUUAGAUACAACAGGUGUUUUGAUGAUGAAAGCAGAAAGUACUGGACGUGUUUAUGCAGUUAGAAUUAAAGGUAGUAUGGAUGUCGAUCACCUUUUAAUUUCUUGUCAAAGUAGAUUUUCAUCGACCGUUGGUAACGGUCGCAGUUUGGUAGCAAAUUUGAGGAGCGACCGACGCAGAGUGUCUGAUCUCUAG